AGGCUGCAGCGCCCGGCGUCCGAGAGAGCGAGCGCAGCAGUGGCUUCCUCCGGCUCCCGCACCCGGGCCAGGCAGUCUCCCCAGCCCUCCGGGCGCAGCCUCCGCUCCCGCUCCCCAGCACUAGCCUAGCCCGCGACGCCCCGGAGCCGCGGCGGCUAGAGGAGGCAGGGAGGGGAAGGCGAGCGACCCAGCCUCCCUCCCCCACCCUCUCCCCAUCCACCUCGGCGACCACUGCGCGCAGGGAGCCUGAUCGUGGGACGCGGAGGCCAGGACGCUACUCUCCGCACGCUGCCGAGUGAGCCGGCGUCUUGGCCCUGGGUGGGCUGCGUAAAAAAUGGUGCAAUCUGAGAGCAGCUGACCGUAGUUGGGCAAAGCAGACAACGGUGCGAGAGCGCCGGGCUCAGGUGGCAGGGAAGGGGCGGGUUGUUUUGAAGGGCUGGGCCUCUGUGUUCGGUGCCUGCAGUAUUUCCUUUGCACCUGGGCGGCACGUUCCCGGGCUCCACGGGAGCCAGAUGAAGUGAGGCGGCGGCGGCGCGGGAGAGGCGGGCCUGGAGGAGGCCGGGCGGACACUCCGAGAAGAAAACGGCGUAGAGGCAGGCGGCAUGACGCCCCGGGGACUGGCUGCCUGGCGGGCCGCGAGCCGAAAUCGUGUGACCUGUCCAUGGUGUUGAAGGCGCCGAGCGCCCAGCUCCGCGCAUCCUGUGCCGUGCGCCCUGCCGGGUGCGCUAUCCUCGUCCCAGCCUACCCCUUACGCCAGCCAGCAGCCCCCCAGUCGCCGCAAACCCCGGGCCACGGUUCAUCGGGUAACGCCGUCCGGCCCGAGGGGAGGCUUGAAUGGCUAGGCCAAAGGCAGAACCAGGAGCUCGCUACGAAAGGUCGGCCAAGACCGCGCGCCCACGGGGAGCCCACCUCUGAGCGCAGCGUGCUGGCCAGACAGAGCAAGGGACCUGCUGGUGACCGGAGGACGGAGAUUUCUAAAAGACCCGACUCAGAAAAAAACAUUUGUUGGCAGACCGAAAGGGGGAGAGUUGCUGAGAGGGAGACAUAGGCGACAUUCGGGGCCGCCAGCCUAGCAUCAAGAGGUUUCCUUCGCGGACCGGCCGCUUCGCGGGGAUUCAGUGCAUCCUGUCAUUGAGUAGCUCCUCCUGACAGCCCGCCCUCACCCCAAGAAAGCUGGGUGAGUGGGCCCCGCCGUCGCCUUCAUAGAGAAAACCCAGCAACCCCACUGCAGUCGAGGGCACUUGGUGUUUAGUUUCCGGCCGGAGGGCUGCGGCGCCCGGAGCUGUGUGCGGAUUCGGCCGGUUCCGAACACUCGCUGCCUGCGGGGCAGAGAGGGGCGGGGAGGCGGCCUUGCCUUGCUCACUGCCGCCCGAGGCUGCACCUGCCCCGGAGGAUGCCCAGGAGCCCGCCAGAGCCCCUCCGGAUCAGAACUUUGUAGGCUGCCCGCCCCCACCCCGUACUCCCCGAGCCGCGCGCAGGCAGGCGGGGGGCGACGGGUAGCCGCCGCGAGUCCCCUCCUGUCCCCCUCCCCCCUUUGGCUCGGCCGCCCGCCGCUUUGUUCCGGGCGCGCGGAGGGAAGGCGAAGCUGCGGCGGAUCAUGCCCAUGGUGUAGCCGCGAAGCGGAGGCAUGGCUGCCGGAAGGUUACUGCUCUACACGGGCCUCUCGCUAGCGCUCUGCGCCCUCGGCAUGCUGGCCGUGGCCAUCUGCUCGGACCACUGGUACGAGACGGACGCCAGGAAGCACAGGGACAGGUGCAAGGCCUUCAACACCCGCCGGAUCGAUCCUGGUUUCAUUUACAACAACAACAACAACUUGCCGCUCCGAGCGAGCCGCUCGCGCCUGGACCGCUGGGAGGGCAAACUCCUCCGGGCCCGGAAUCGCAGGCAGCUCUUCGCCAUGAGCCCCAUUGACGAAUGCAGCCGGCAGUACAACUCCACCAACAUGGGCCUCUGGAGAAAGUGCCACCGGCAGGGCUUCGACCCCGAGAUCGCCGCUCUCAUUCGGAAAGGAGAAAUUGAGCGAUGCACAUACAUCAAAUACCACUACUCCUCAGCCACCAUCCCAAGGAACCUCACUUUCAACAUCACGAAGACCAUCCGCCAGGAUGAGUGGCAUGCCCUGCACUUGCGUAGGAUGACAGCCGGCUUCAUGGGCAUGGCGGUGGCCAUCAUCCUCUUCGGCUGGAUCAUCGGCGUGCUGGGCUGCUGCUGGGACCGAGGCCUUAUGCAGUAUGUGGCCGGGCUUCUCUUCCUCAUGGGAGGAACCUUCUGCAUCAUAUCACUGUGCACCUGUGUGGCCGGGAUCAACUUUGAGCUGUCACGCUACCCUCGCUACCUGUAUGGACUCCCCGAUGACAUCAGCCAUGGCUAUGGAUGGUCCAUGUUCUGUGCGUGGGGGGGCCUGGGCCUCACACUCAUCUCGGGGUUCUUCUGUACCUUGGCCCCUUCUGUCCAACCUGUCCCGAGGACCAACUGCCCUAAAUCCAGACCCGAGAAUGGGACAGUGUGCUAAAAAACAAACCCAUACACAUAUAUAUAUAUAAAUAUAUAUAUAAUAUACAUAUAUAAAACAAAGCUAAAUCCCGAUGAGGCCAGUGCCAAGGCAGAGUGGAGGUGGCUCAGGCACCGCAUCUCGUCGGACGUUGUGUGUGUUGCCUCAUCGCCGAGAUGGGGAAGGCGUUCCCACCACGUGGCUCUUCCAUCAAUUCUUAACUUUUGGUUCCAUGGUUCCCUGGAGACAGAGUGAACAUCACCACUCGAGACAGCAUCCCAAUCCCCGUCUCUCAUGAGGAUGGGGUGGUGGGCUGGGCAGGGACAGUGCCAGGGGGCUGGAGAGACACCGAUGUAGGGAAGGAAGUGCCACCCACCAGGCCAGUCACCCCCACACUGAUCAUAUCACAGAGAAGCAACACCCUUAUUCACAGAAUGUCACCAAACCUUCAAGGCUGUGGCAGAACCACUCCUCCUGCUCUUCCUGUCCUGGUUCCCUCUGGCCCACCAGUGACACAUCAGAAGUGGAGGAGAGAACAAAGCAAGAAAGGAGUUUUCUCUUUGCUGCCAAACUUUUGGACAAAGUUCUAGAGGUGGGAAGGGGGAGAGAACAACCUGCUGAGAGGCAAGAUCUGCAUCAGCGAAAGGACACUUCAGCGGAUGCUCAGAAAACCCAGUCUUACCUUCCAGCUGCCUUACACCACGUUCAAUAAGAGGCCGCCCUGCCCCCACCCCACCUGCACUCCCUGGGCAGCCGGAGCCUUGGAGUGAUGCUGUGAUGUGUGUGUGUGAGUGAGUGUGUGUGUGUGUGUGUGUGUGUGUG